AUGGCACCAUCUUCGCCGCGACGGUCGUCACGAGCCCGCUUUGGCAAUUCGCAUUCUCACCAGCCAGCCGGAUUUUCCAAUUCUACACCACGCUUCGACAGAAGUACGCGAUCGCUCAAUAAGGGUUCCCCGGAGAAAUCCACGUCUCGCUCACUCUCUUCAGAGGGUCCAGAUGAUCUCGAAGAUACACUUCUAAGCCGACGGCGAAAACGAGGUUUGGAGGAUGAUACCGACCGCGCCACUCGUUUGGAUAACAGUGAUUAUGCCAAUGCAAGUGAUGACCUCCAGGAUGACGAUGAUGAGGAAGAAGAAGAUGAAGCCGUUCGCUGUCUUUGCGGCUCUGACGAUUACCCCGGCCGACCAGAUGUCGAUGGACCAGACGCAGAGUUUUUCAACUCCGUAGAGCUGACCGACGAUGUCACGGGCUUUUUCGUUCAAUGCGACAUUUGUAAAGUCUGGCAGCAUGGUGCAUGUGUUGGUAUUUUCAGCGCCGAAAGUUCACCGGAUGAAUACUUUUGCGAUCAAUGUCGCAAAGACUUGCAUAAGAUAUAUACGGCAAACGACGGACAAAAAUACUCAAGAUACUUGCCCCUUUAUCGAUUUUCGCAACCCGGCUCGAGAGCAGUUUCCGAGGCUCAGGAUACACCGAAUUCACCGAAAUUGGGAGGACCAAAACUGAGUCGCAGCGAGGCCAGAGAGCUUGCGUCAAAGAGGCGAUCGACCAUGAAUAGCCGCGAUGCUGCAUACGAUGAUGAACAGCUCCGGCGAGCAAUUGAGGCUAGUAAAGAAGUAAUGGAUGACUCUACAGAAGGCUCUAUAACCAGAAGGCCGAAGCGAGGGCGAAGUGAUAGUGAAGGGAACCAAACUAGUGCCAAACGGCAACGAACAGCCUCCCGCUCCCCGACUCCUGUUGAAGAUCCGGGCUCAUUACAAAGUCGCGAAGAAUCCGAUGAUGAUAUUGGUGCCCAUAGUGGAACCAGGAAAUCUAGAGGGCGCGCCAUACGCGAAAAGGUAGAGAAGGACGACCGUGAGCGUGCUAGACAAGAGGCAGCCGUAAAACGGCAAGGCCGUGCUGAUCGGCGUCGCGCAGAAGAUUCAGAUCUUUCGGAAGAGAAUUUGGUCAACAACAUGGCCAAACCAACUCCCGUACAUGCUGUUGCCGACACCGAGUCGAACACUGAGUUGCCACUAUCCACGACAACCUCGGCACCUGGAACACCACCACCAAGUCAACCGAUGUCAGGCAAUAUGCAGAAGAAACUCUCAAAAAGUAAUCAGAAGCGCGGUCGGGGAAAACCUCAACCUGCUAAGGAACUAGAUGGAGACACUGAGGCUUCACCUGCACCUUCUGCAUCACUAGAUGGUCAACCCACGGCUGAAGAAUCCGCGCCAACAUCCAACCCUAAAUCGCCCCCUGGUGAACAACGGCAUAUUUCUAAACUCAAGACAUCAUUGGCGAAUAAACUUACCAUGCUUGAUAUGAAACGUCGCGUUGCGGCUAUUAUGGAAUUUAUCUCGCGUACCCAGCUUGACCUUGCUGCUGAAGCAAUGGAACAUGCAAGCACGUCAAGCUCGGGCAACGCAACGCCAACUAAACAAAUAUCUGCUGACGAGGCCGCUGCUGCUGCAGGACGUGUCAUUAAUGAAGAGGAUAUUUUGACCGGCAAAAAAGACUUCGAGAAGUUAACAUGUAUUGAAAUGAUGGACGUCUUGACUAGGGAUAUGGUGAAGUGGCAGAAUCAGUACUCAUAA